UCUGUCUGUACAGUACAAGACAUCCUUGCCCUGUCGACUAGCCCACUGCCGAAGCAUCGAUUGACACCUUCCUGUCAAUCGGGACUCGAGACAGCCAGACGUGCGCGCUUCCAUCAAUCAACUGGAACGCCGCAUCAAUAGACUUCGUGGUCAACAUCCUUGACCAGCUCGAGGAACGCGACCCGUUCCUAUACAGCUAUGAGCGGCGCCGAUGCAAGAGCAGACAACAUGAGUAACAGUCUUAGUGGCUCUCAGCUGCUCUCGCGGCCAAACAAAAGUGUGACUGGUUCGCCGACCCCGUCCGAGCGAUCGAGAAGUGCAUCGGUUGUUCCCAUUGCGGCCGGUGCAAACGUCACAGCCGGUAUGGCCGACUCUCUGUCAUCUCUUCAAAGCAACGAGUCAAUCAGCUAUGCUUCGCUGAAAGCGCAGGGCCUGACGGAUGAUGAAAUCACCUUGAAACUCGAGCAUGAGCGGCAACGUGACCUCCAGCGUCAAAUGUUUGCCCAGCAAAUGGCAAUGCUGGAGAGGAGGCAGCAUGAAGAGCAGAUUGCUCUGAAGCAGACGUCUCGCGCAUCCUCCAUCCGUGCGCCCAAUUCCCGUCAAGCCAGUCCGCCUCCUCGCGAAAACGUCAAGGUGGGCCCAGCAUUUGGCAACUUUGACGAUCCAGAGGAAGGCCUCCACGGUAGUAACGUACCGGGCUUGAGAUCUAUGCCCGACUCUAGAAGGCAGAGCGGUGGAGAAGAGGGCGGCGUAGGUCUCGUCCAAGGCCCCGGAUCAAAGCGUGUGGCGAGCCGAGGUGACCUGGCCAGUGCAUUCGAGCGCAUGAGCGUUGGUGGUUCCGGUGCUAACGGCAGCGCAUCACCGCACCGUAAUGGGAUCCGUGCACAGUUCGACGAACCGGACUCCAAUCCCAACUCUCGCAGCCAAUCGCCAGGGGGCCGAAACCUCACCCCUGCACAGCAUAGCGCCUUGCAGCGCGUCCUCGCUGGCUCAGGCUCCGGCGCCAGCUCACCCAAAGGUGACGGCCAAGCUCCGCCGGCCGGGACAGAGGGUAGUAGUUUCACGCCUGUCUUCAACGAGAACUUUUUGUUUGACGACGAGCUCGAUGCCGAGUCUGCCUUCGUCAAGAAGUACAAUCUGCAAGAGGAUGAUGACAAGUUCCCUGUGCUGAUCCGUAGGGACAGCUUCCCCGGUAUGCUGUCUGCCUCUUCGGCAGCACUUGACUUGGCCCCCCUUUCUCAAACGCCGCCGCGCUUCCCAAGAGGCAAUGCUGCCGGCGACGCUAAAAACUCCGAGUGGCCCCAAUUUGUGCCCGGCCGCAGCCCGAGUGGCCGCUCUGCCGACCAGGACGGCAUUGCUGCCUCCGCUGCUGCUGCUGCGGACCGCAAAGGCCAGUCAGAACGCAACUCGCCGCGCUUGUCCAAUAAUCAGCAGCUGCCUGCGCCUAACUCGCAAGGCCGCGUCUCACCCUCCGCAAGCGGCAGUGGCAGCGCUGCGCAGAAUGCACGCCAUAUGGCACCUGGGACACCUGCGACGGGCGGCAGUGGUGGCGCUGGUCGCGAUCGCGCCUCGUCGGGCUUCGCCAACGGCUCUACCAACAAUAGCAAUGCCACGGACAACGCAUCCAAAGCUUUCCUCGACUCGGGUAGUACCAAUUCGCCCAACUUCGGCAGCUUUGGCAUCAACAGCUUCACCGCUGGGAGCAAGAGUUCAGCAAGCACCCGCUUCGGACCGUACGCUGCUUCCAAUGCAUUUGAAACAUCCGGCAACAAUGCCGAACACAGCCGCACUCGUCCUUCGUCUGGCUACUUCGAGGCUUUCAGCUCCAGCACAAACCCUCCCUCUGGUCUGCUCGGCAACACGGGCAAGUACGGAAGCGCAGUCGGUCCUGAGACCAACAAGCUGCCUCCCGCAUCGACCGCCGCCGCCGCUGCUGCUGCCGCUGCUGCCGCUGGUUUAAAGCAGACGCGCAAGGGCGAGCUGGACGUCAACACGAAGCUGGAAGAUCUGCAAGGCGACAUCUUCACCCUCUGCAAGGACCAGCAUGGCUGCAGGUACUUGCAAAAGAAGCUCGAAGAGGGUGUCGCCGCUCAUCGCGACAUGAUCUUUGCCGAGACAUUCCCGCACUUUGCUGAGCUGAUGACCGAUCCGUUCGGCAACUACCUCUGCCAGAAGAUGCUCGAAUACUGCACGGAUGACCAACGCAAUCUUAUUGUUGAGAGCGUCGCAGGCGAGCUUGUCACCAUUUCUCUCAACAUGCACGGCACGCGUGCAGUCCAGAAAACGAUUGACUUCCUCUCAACGCCACGUCAGAUCCACUCCAUCAUCGUCGCGCUCAGUAUGAACGUCGUCACUUUGAUCAAGGAUCUGAAUGGCAACCACGUCAUUCAGAAGUGUUUGAACCGUCUCGGCGCUGAGGACAAUCAGUUCAUCUACAAUGCCGUUGCAGCACACUGCAUUGAAGUGGCAACUCAUCGCCACGGUUGCUGUGUGCUCCAAAGAUGCAUUGACCAUGCCUCUGACAGCCAGCGCAUGCAGCUGGUCGCCGAGAUCACGUACAAUGCACUCACACUUGUCCAGGAUCCCUUCGGCAACUACGUCGUGCAAUAUGUGCUCGAUCUCAACGACGCAAGAUUCAGCGAGGCUGUCAUCCGGCAGUUUGUUGGCAAUGUCUGCGCGCUGUCUGUGCAGAAAUUCAGCUCGAACGUCAUCGAGAAGUGUGUUCGUGUUUCAGAGCAAGCGACGAAGAAACAGCUCAUCGAAGAGCUCAUCAAUCGAACUCGCCUGGAAAAGCUUCUGCGCGACUCGUUUGCCAACUAUGUAGUCCAGACUGCGCUCGACUACGCUGACCCAGUGCAGAGAAUGCAACUGGUCGAGUGCAUUCGGCCGAUCUUGCCGAUGAUCCGCAACACUCCGUACGGCAAGCGCAUACAGAGCAAGCUGCAUCGGGACAACUACGACUUACACUCGCACCACCACCCCCAUCACCAUGGACACCACCCCGGGCAUGCAGGCAUGCCGUACUCGCUUCUGCAAGCCGCUCACCAUCAGCAGAUGCAAGCUAUGGCUGCUCUUGCAAACCGGCAAAUGACUCCAGCCGAGUACGGAGGCAUGGGCUCCUUCAACGGUCCUCUGCACCCGCAGGGUGGCAUACCCGGCCUGGCUCCGCACAUGUCAGGCAUGUACGGCGCUCCGCCACCUCAUCACCCUGCCGGUAGGCCAAUGGGUGGACAUGGCGCAGCGCACAUGUCUCCUGCCAUGUCGGCCCAAUUUGGCCUCCCAGGUCCGCAUCUCCCGAUGAACUCGCCGUACGCGCCGCCCCAAGGCUCGCCCAUGAUGCACCCGGGUCAAGCCGAGAUGGGCUUUGGUGCGCCACCCAUCGGCGUGCAAGGCGCGGGCGCUUAUCCUGGGCGCUACAACGUUACCUACUAGGCUCAGCACCACUUCAAAACGCUUCCCUUCGACAAGCGAACCGAAACGACACACUCCUUUUUCCUUGCCAGGUUCUCGGCCCCGAAAAUAAACUCAUGAUGUACACCAAGACAUUUUGCAUUCUUCUCAUGUCGUGAAGUGUAGUGCCAAUAACAAAAGAUGAUAU